AAAAAAAUAAAGAAACAAACCUCCCGGAUCUGGGGAUCAUUCAUGAAUUAUUCCAUUAGUGAUUGCAGCAAUUUGCUUUAGAUCGCAGAACAGAACUUCAGCCUGCACUGAAAAUGCCAAAGAGCAAUACCAUUCCAAUCUCCAAGCAACUGUCUUCUAUUAAAGCUCUGGGGAAAGGCUCCGAACUAGAGAAAGCCAUUGCCAGUGCCGUCCUCGUGUACAAUCUAUAUGCAGACAAUGAUGGGAAAGUUAGCAAGGCAGAAGUCAAAGAUUUGCUGCACGUGCACUUCCAGAACUUUACACAGGGUCAAGAAACAAAACCAAAAUACAAAGAGCUCAUGAGAGAUCUAGAAGAAGAUGAAAAGGGACAAAUGGAUUUUGAAGAUUUCAUGAUUCUACUGCUCAGUGUGACUCUAAUGUCUGACCUCUUCAAUGAAAUCCGCCAAACAAAGAAUACCAAAUAAAGCUGGAGACCUUGGGCGCCAACCGAUCAUGGCAACACCACCAUUACCCCACCAGACACCUAACCCAUGUGCUUUUCCAGACCUUGAUGUCAAAAUAUUAUUGUGAAAUCAUUGCGGUCAGUUAUUCCAAAAACAAUUCCAAAAAUGUCAAAAUGUCCAUUUAUGUCCUGAGGUCAGGUUUGUGCCAUCUAGUUUUUAUACAAACCCUGGAGGGACAUUGAUGGCAUCUAUUAAAUGUCAUAGAAAGGGUUCUCCUGGACGAUGACAUCGAUGGUCUCUCAUCAAUGUUUUUGUGAUGUGGGUCUGACCUCAUGGACCCCCCCUGAUGAUCAGGAUGAUGAAGAGGCUGUGGCAAUCCCCUUCAUUGUUUACAUGGACACAGCACAAUGUCCAAAUGAACAGCUAUGCCUGGUAUGGCAGAUGAAGCCAUUCACUUGGAUAGGAUAAGCCACAAAACCAGGCACAGCCACUCAGAUGAAGAUUGGACACCCAAUUAUUAUUAA